AUGGCGGAAAAUCUACCAAAACUUCAAGCAUCGCGAGCGGGCUAUCGGGCCCAUUUGACACAAACAAUCAAGAAAGCUACAAAUAUUGCAACGAAGGAGGAUCCCCUAACGGACAGUAAUAUUACAUCUUUAAAGAGAAUCGUUGAUCAAUUAGCUCGGAAAAGGUCGAUUCUAGAAGAACUAGAUGAGAAAAUCGUAGGGAUGAUCGAAGACCCAAAGGAACUGGAGAGAGAAAUAUUCCAAACCGAGGACAUCAAAGAAGAAAUUGACGAGACAGCAGCUCAGAUAAGUAACACUAUUGAACAUUUUCAAUCUACAAAAUUGUCUCAAAGUAACUCCCCCUCUGAAGUAACUCAAGUAAUCUUAGAAAAUGCAAGCAGUCAAUCCCCAUCAACAACAGUGAACACAAAUGAUCAAACAGACUCGGGGACCCCUAAUGAAAUUGUUCAACAAGAUAAUUCCCCCCCUGUAAACACACAAUCACAACAAGAUAGUCAACCCUCUACAAAUGCACAAUCACAGCAAGAUAGUCAACCCUCUACAAGUGCACAGUCACAACAAGAUGGUCACCCCGCUACAAACACACAAUUUCACCAAGAGACCCCAGUUAUACCAGUAUUUCCACCAACCCUACCAACAACUACACCCCACCACCCCAGCCUUAUUAAUCAAAAUAGUCGUCUACCAAAAUUAAACCUUCCAACAUUUUCUGGGAACCCGCUACAAUGGUUUACAUUCUGGGACUCAUUUGAAGCUGCAGUCCACUCCAAUUCAACCCUCGGGGAUGUACAAAAGUUUAGUUACCUUAAGGCCCAACUGGUGGGUGAUGCAUCAAGAGCUAUUGCAGGGUUUCCCCUCACAAACCAUAACUAUACCAAAGCUAUUCAACUCCUAAACGAACGAUUUGGUAACCCCACCAAAGUAAUUAAUGCACACAUGCAGUGUCUACUUGAUCUGCAAAACCCCAACUAUAAACUAGCAAGUUUACAACUAUUCUAUGACACUAUGGAAAACCACAUUAGGGGGUUAGAAUCGCUCGGCAAAGCCCACAGUAACUAUGGCGACCUCCUAGUCCCAAUUGUUCUGGGAAAAUUACCACGUCAACUCAGAACAAACUUAGCCCGUGACCAUGACAGUCCCGAAUGGAAAUUUACACAACUGAGAGAGUAUGGUGGCCCAAAACUGCCAUUGAUUUUUUUGAUAAAUUAAUUAUUUUCAUCAAUUUACUUUUUAAAAUUAUUGGGUUUUUUAUGUAUUUAGUCUUACUUUACUUUUAUUUAUUUUUUAAUUUUAAUUACUUUUCUUUUUAUUUCCUAAACAAAGCUCGAUUUGUUUUAAAAAAAUUUUAAAAAUGUAUCUCACCACGAGCCCAAAACUGCCAUAGUAUACCACAAUGCGUUGCGUGCAUUUACUAAUUUAUUCAUACGAAUUUAUUUUAAAUUAUUCGCGCAUUCACGCGGGAAAGUUAAAUCCAACAUGGCGUACAUGAGGAAUCCAGACUGGAAAGACGACGAAAGACUGAAAGAUAGUUUGGAAGGAUACAGUAGGCAAGGACUCCAGAGACAAGAAAUUCUAAGUUUUAUGAAGAAGGACUUCAGCCAUUAUGCUUGGUCUUUGCGAACACUGGACAGAAGAAUGCGAUGGUUUGAUAUAUAUCGAACGGAUAGAACAGUGACUGAAGAAGCAUUGAGAACCGCUGUAAAACAGGAAUUGGACGGGCCAGGAAAGCUUCUUGGAUAUCGCGCUAUGACGAAUAAAGUAAGACAAGAGCACAAUCUGAAAGUUCCUCGAAGAAUCGUACAUGCGAUGAUGUAUGAUCUUAAUCCUGAAGGUCUUGAGCAAAGAGCGUUGGAAAACAGGAAAAAAAACCGUGUUAAAGGAAGGUUUACCACAGCUGGUCCGAAUUGGGUCCUCUCUUUAGAUGGUCAUUGCAAGCUCAUGGGUUUCCAGAGAGAUACCUUCCCUUUGGCAGUCUAUGGCUGUCUGGACACUGCAAGCCGCAAACUAUUGUUCCUUAGGGUUGGAACUGGAAAUUCUGAUCCAAGGGUUAUUGGACUAUGGUAUCUUGAGUUCCUUUAUGACACCAAACGAAUUGCAUCAAUGAUCAGGAUUGAUAAAGGAACUGAAACAGGAAAAAUGGCAACACUACAUGCUUAUUUGCGCCAACAUCACAAUGAUAUGGAUCCAUGUGACACUGUUAUUUACGGGAAGUCAACUUCUAAUCAGGUACUAGUAAAAAGAUAUAACUAAUUCAGUGGCAUCACAUGAAUCCCAGCAUUUCUUAGUUAAACAGACACACCUGGAGCUUUUAUUUCAUUUUGAUUUGUACAAAUAUUUUUGACAUAGCCCUUAUGUAGGCAAUUAGGCAUACCAUAGGGUGUGGGUAUGUUGUACCACCUUUCUAAUUUAUGUAUUAUGUAAUAAGAGUACUGUAUUAUAAUCAGAUUAUGGAAAUAUUGUUGUGGUUUUUAGAUCGAGAGGUGGUGGAGAGAACUCCACGAAAGGUUAGAAAAGUAUUACAAAGAAAAAUUGUCAUAUCUGAAAGAACAAGGUUACUACAACCCUGAUAAUGAAAGAGACAG